AUGGCAAAACCGGGGAGUGGGGGUGGGGGGAAAUUGGAGAGUGGAGGGAAAACUGAGAGUGGGAAAAAGCCAGGGACUGGGGGAAAACCAGAGAGUGGAGAGAAACCCGUGCUGGGGGAGAAGCCGGAGGUGGGGGGAAAACCGGAGGCUGGGGGGAAGCAGGAGAGUGGGGAGAAACCCGAGUCGGGAGAGAAACCGAAGUCCGAGCAUGGAGACGGUGAGGAGGGUGAUGACAGUGAUGACGACGAUGAUGACGAUGACAGUGAUGACGAUGUUGAUGAGAAAAAAGGGGAUGAGGAUGAUGAGGACGAUGACCAUGAUUAUUACUAUGGCUACAAUGAUGACGAGGGCUAUGAUGAUGACAACAAUGGUGAUGGUAACGAUGGCAGUGAUGACUAUGGUGGAAAUGAUGAGAAUGACUAUGGAGAUGACGAUGGAUACGGUGACAGUGAUGACUGAAGAUUACAGUGCUCAAGAUGGCAGCGAUGCU